GAUCUGCCCGUAACCACUCCACAGGCUCUGGAUUGUUGCCCCCACACGCAGGGACGAGGCACCACACGCCUGCAGGACCAGAUCCUGGUACUCCUGUUUCAUCUUCCCGGUCAGAGCUGAAUGAAGGAGCAGUCAUGGGAAUUCACCUAAUUCUUCUGUCAAGUCUAUGGCCUCUGAUUCUGUGUGUGCCCCAGCAUCGGUACGUCUUAAUCCAAACUCCCAAAACCUGGUUCGAUGCACAGAGCUACUGCAGACAGAACUGUUUGGACCUGGCCACAAUAAAUGACAUGGGAGAGAUGAAAAUGGCGCUGGCAGCUGUCCAGGACAAAUACAGCAAUGCUGUGUGGACAGGGCUUUAUCUGGGGACCACUCUUAUGUCGUACUGGUCUCUGGCAGACAACGAUUUCUACAAACCCGGAGAGAGAGAUUAUAUGACUUGGGCCAAUAGUAAUCUCUGUCAAUGUGGUGCAUUUCUAGAUGGGAAACUGUACAUGGUUUUGUGUGCAUCAUCACAAUAUCUGAUUUGCUUUGAUGGAAGUCAACAGGGUCUUCAACAAUAUGUUCUCAUUAAGCAAACGAUGAGUUGGACAAAUGCUCGGGACUAUUGCAGGACGUACCACACAGACCUAGUCAGUGUGAGGAACGCCAGUGAAAGCCAGAUACUCCAGCAAAUAGCUGCUGGCCUGCAGGUGUGGACUGGCCGCUUCAGAGACCCUUGGAUUUGGUCAGACCAGGCUUACUCCUCCUUCAGAUACUGGAGGCCAAGUGAAGCUGUUUAUACUGACAUCAGCACACUUCCCUGUGUUGGCAUGUUAAAAACUGAAUCUGGUAAAUGGGGAGACCUGUCGUGUAAUGAAGUGCAUCCGUUCCUCUGUAGCUGCCCCAUUCAGUUACAUUUUUUUAGAGUGAAGAUCAGCUCACAAGACACCAGCCUGGAUCUAAAUAUACCAGAGGUGCAAAACACCAUAUUGCAGCAAAUUAAACAGAUGAUGAAUAGUAAGAAUGUGACUGACGUUAUCCAGUUCAAGUGGAUGAAGAAUCCUGAUGGAAGCGUUUUUACCAAGGAACUCUGCAUCCAGAUCCUCCAGCACCAUCAGCAUUUUGUGGAAACUUCACGUUUGACCACCACGGAGGACGGUCGCAGCCCUGCAACUGGCAGUCCCAACUCGAGUGAUGGAGGACGCCCCCAGUGCAAUCACUCUAAGACGAAAUUGGUCCAACAGAAAACAGGUGUGACCGAGGAGGGAGGAGAUCGGGUUCCAGUGCCAAUUCCAGGAGGGUACGGAGGUGGAGCCAGGGGAAAGGAGGAGGCCUAUGUCUUAAGAACAAUCAUGGGAGGAAUCAUAGAUCUAUUGCUGCUACUAAGUACUAUAAGUCUAUGGCCUCUGAUUCUGUGUGCGCCCCAGCAUCAGUACAUCUUAAUCCAAACUCCCAAAACCUGGUUCGAUGCACAGAGCUACUGCAGAGAGAACUAUUUGGACCUGGCCACAAUAUACGACAUUGGAGAGAUGAAAAUGGCGCUAACAACUGUCCAGGACAAAUACAGCGAUGCUGUGUGGACAGGGCUUUAUAAGGGGACUACACUAAACUGGUACUGGUCUCUGGCAGACAACGAUUUCUACAAACCUGGAGAGAGAGAUUAUAUUAUUUGGGGAAAUUACACAUCUUACAGCUGUGGUGGUUUCAAAGACGGUAAAAUGUAUAUGGUUAACUGCAUGAUGCCAUCCUCUUCAGUUUGCUUUGAUGGAAGUCAAAAGGGUCUUCAACAAUAUGUUCUCAUUAAGCAAACGAUGAUUUGGACAAAUGCUCGGGACUAUUGCAGGACGUACUACACAGACCUAGUCAGUGUGAGGAACGCCAAUGAAAGCCAGAUACUCCAGCAAAUAGCCGCUGGCUUGCAGGUGUGGAUUGGCCUCUUCAGAGACCCUUGGAUUUGGUCAGACCAGGCUUACUCCUCCUUCAGAUACUGGAGGCCAAGUGAAGCUGUUUAUACCAGCAUCAGUGUACCUGCCUGUGUUGCUAUGUUAAAAAAUGAAUCUGGCGAAUGGAAGGACCUGUCGUGUGAUGAAGUGCAUCCAUUCCUCUGCAACUGCCCCAUCAAAAGAUUUUUUAAAUUGAGGAUUCUCUCACAUAAUUCACAUCUGGAUCUAAACCAACCUGUCAUACAAAAUGCCAUCUUGAAGCAGAUGCUAAAUAACAAGAAUGUGACAAAUGUUAUCCAGUCAAAAUGGAUGAAGAAUCCAGAUGGAAGUGUUUUUACCAAGGAACUCCCCCAGGAAGCCUCAACAGAGGGCUGUCAGAUUAAUUCUGAGCUCCAUCUGUAAUAGACUUUUUCUUUGUCAUGAUUAUAAGUGGUUAAUACUAAUUAACCGCUUACAGUAUAAGCCUUUGUUUUCCUAUUUUGCCAACUUACAAGCACCUUGGUGUCCUUCAUAUUACUGAUGUAUAAGUUUAUUCAUCUGCUUUAUUGAUGAGAUAUUAAAUGUUAAAGCAUAAAAAUGUUAAAGCAUAAAAAAGCACAUAUGUAGGACUCAUGUCUAAGAUGCGUUUUUUUUAGUACCGAUUAAACUUUCUAUACAACCGUGGAACAAUUUAUUGUAGGUAAAGUAGGGGGAGAUGUGUUUCGGUCAUAAUCAUACAGACCUUAAAAUUAUGGUUGUUUAUUAUGAUUGUGUUUUUAGUUUAUUUUAAUUUUAUUUCUUUAAUAAAAGAAAAUCAUUAAUACCGGGGAAAAGGUUAAACUAACUGUUAGUUGGAACUUAUUGUACAACUUCCCGACAAGCUGGAGACAAUGGUACAUUGCAAGUGACAGCUCGAUUUGAGCCAAGUUUCAUGCCCGGGACUCAUCAGGAAUAUACUAUAGUAAUAUGCUUGCUGUAUGUGGGAUUUGUUGGGUUUAGUUGUGUGAGGUCUUAAACCUUACUUUGUAAAGUGCCCUGAGAUAACUUUGUUGUGAUUUGGCGCUAUAUAAAUAAAAUUGAAUUUAAUUGAAUUGAAUUGAAUUUUUAAAAACAGUUUGGUAAUUAGGUUUGUGUGGAGC